AUGAAUAACACACGUUCAGUCUCCUCUUUACCACUAAACCCAAGCAUUCGUUCUAAAUUGAUUAAUGCUGGCUAUCAGACUGUUAAAGACUUGAAAGAGACUACACCAAUUGAACUAAGUAGAGGUGAUCAUAAAUAUCAAGCCUAUUUACGUAUAUCAUAUUUACGUAUUGACAUUAUUGAUGAAAUCCUUUACUUAAAAGAACUGGAGCUAUCUACUGAAGAAGCUCUAGACAUCCUUCAACACUGCCAAAAAAAUCAUGCCAUAAUUAGAUCUGUAUCCGCGUCAGAAGCAUUACAACGUGAUCUGGAUCGCUGUCCCAUAUUUACGUCUUGUGAAGCGAUUGAUAAGCUGUUCGGUGGUCAUGGUGUGCCUACUGGAAAAAUAACAGAGUUCUGUGGGGCUCCCGGCAUUGGAAAGACACAACUUGGAAUACAACUAUCUAUUAAUGUUCAAAUACCAAAAAAUUUAUCUGGUCCUGGUGGUGAGGCGAUCUAUAUUGAUACAGAAGGAAGUUUUAUCGCUCAACGUGCACAAGAAAUUGCCACCGCUACCGUGCAAUCUCUCAGUGAAAAAUCUCCCAAUUCUACAGAGCCAUUGAUAGAUGUCGAGACUAUUCUUUCUCGAAUUCACUACUUUCGAAUACACGAUUAUAUUGAACUCUUGGCUGUGGUGAAAAUCCUCGAUGAUUAUCUAAAAGAGCACUCUAAUGUGAAAUUAGUCGUAAUAGAUUCUAUUGCUUUCCAUUUUCGACAGAAUUUUAGUGAUAUGGCGCUACGUACGAGAUUAUUGAAUGGAUUAGCACAAGAUCUUACGAAACUUGCAGAUUCUUUUGAUCUUGCGGUGGUUGUGAUUCUAAAUCAGAUGACCACGAAAUUUGGUGUAAACAGCGGAACUAUUCUAACCGAUAAACCAGUCCUAGUUCCAGCACUAGGCGAGAGUUGGUCUCACCAAUGCAAUAAUCGAGUCAUACUUUAUUGGAGAGAUGAUAUCCGAUACGCGCAUUUGGUUAAAUCGUCGAAUCUUCAAGAAGGAACUGUUCCAUACAAAAUCACAUCUCAAGGUGUAAGAGAUGUUCUGGAACCAGAGUACGUUCCAUAUGAAGAACCCCACGAAUCAAUUAAUCUUAAAAGAACGCGAGAACAGUUUCAAGAGGAGGAACAAGAAUUGAGUAAACGUCAUUUGGUCCAAGGUCUACAAAAAGAUUUAGAGAAAUUUGAAAAGGAAGAGGACCUUUCGGUUGGGCUCCAAGGACAAAUAUCAGCUAGUCUUACUGCUUUAAAACGAACAAUUGAUGAUUAUGAUGGACUUGCCAAGCGCGAAACAAUAAUUGUAAAGCAAGAAAAAGCACUGACGAAUGUUCUCAAAUUGAGAGAUGAUUAUAGCGAACUAAAGAUGCGAUUUGAUAAGUUAAAGCAGCGCGAACAAAAUCGGGUGGCUCAGAAUGAUCGUGCCGAAUUAUUGGGAAGACGUCACAAUACGACUACGCCCGAAUAUCCAUUUCAACAUGAUCUCACUCGAGAACAACAUGCACUUCGUGAACACGGUUUUCUCAACGAGACCGAAACAAAACUUGAUGAAUUUAUAGCACAUGGGCGGGAAGUAUUAAACAAUAUCUAUGAUCAGAAUAAUACUCUAAAGAGUGCGCAACGAAGAAUUCUCGAUGCAGCAAAUACACUUGGGUUAUCACGUAACGUAAUUCAGUAUAUUGAACGAAGAUCAAGUCAAGAUACAUGGAUAUUUAUAAUAGGCUCGAUAUUCACUUUGUUCUGCAUGUGGGCUAUAGUUCAUUAUUUGACAUAG